ACUUCCAGGCAGGGCUUAGUAUUGAGCGCAACAGCCACUGGGUUGCAGUCUAACGCGGAUAACUUAAGCAGCAACAAACAUGUACUCCAAGACAUUAGGCCUGAGCUUGGCAUUACUGGUCUUAUGCAGUGCCAUAACGCCACAUCAGGCCUGGGAAAUACCUGAUGUACUGAAGAAACAGGUGAAAAAAUUGCAUGACCGCUGCAUGGCCAGCACGGGCGUCACCGAAGAGUUAAUGACCGAGGCGCAUAAGGGUAAUUUGCCAAACGAUCCGACCUUUAAAUGCUUUCUACACUGCAUGUUUGAAACGGUUGGAUUGAUGGACAGCGACAACGUUAUGCACUUGGAGUCUCUGGUUGAGGUCUUGCCAGUGGAAAUUCAUCCUAAGAUAUUGAAUUUGGUAGAUGCCUGUGGCACGAAAAAGGGUGUUGAUGGCUGCGACACCGCAUAUCUAUCGGUUCAAUGCUACAUCGAAACGGAUAGACCUUUCAUUAAAGCCGCUGUUAAUGAUUUGCUCGGUUAAUAUAAAACUCACUUGAACAAUUCACGAUCUAUAAUUCCCAGCAGCAGCAGACAGCGUAAAGUUCGCAGCGCUUCAAUUUGAACACGAAUUAGUUUACCCUGCAAUAAAAAUUAAACAUUAUGAAUAAACCGUUUUAAAACUAGCAUAUUAUAUUGGAACCCUACCUUUAUAUUAUCACUAUAGAACAAAAAGUCUUUUAAUCUCUGGAUUAGCGCUCCAUUAGCCAACUGCUUAGCUAUGUCCAAGUGCUGGCAGAUCAACACACGCAGCAGCUUCAAGCACAGAUACUGAGGAUGGCCGUAGAAUGAAGGCUGUGCUGUGUUGGUAGCAGCUGAAAAAUAAAUAUAUAUUUACAUUUCUUAUAAA